CUUGUCGUUCCUGUAACCCCCCUGCUCGUGAGGUACCUGUCCGGCGCGUCAAACAAGGCCAUCGUUGAAGAUGUGAUUAUACCAUUUGCUGAACAACGCUCGGCCAAUGUGGUCCUUGUCUGGAUGCUUGGGGUAUGAAUGGUCCAUGUCGUCGAUCCAAAGUUAUGCCAUCAGAUUGCUAUGGACCAACAGAGUUUCCCGAAAGUACCUGCCUCCCAGGACUCACUUUUCCUCCGUUUCCUGGGGAAGGAGAACAUGGUCGUUCUCAAUGGCCCUCAGUGGAAGAAACAGUCCCUCAUCAUCCGCAACGCCUUCUCGACGUCUGCCCCGAUCCACCUUUUCGCUUCCGUCUCUAGAAAUGCCAUCGAAGUUAUGGAAGCGGUUCCUGCGGACGACAAGAAGGGACACACCCUGUGCUGGUCUGACCUCACCCAGCGCAUCGCGCUUGACGCUAUUGGGUUGGGCGUCAUGGGCUACGACUACGACUCCGUCAGAACAGAGUCACCGUUUAUGAUCGAGUUUAGUACAAUGAUGCACGAAUUCGUCGAGCCACUUUAUCUUGUCUUCCCUGUGCUUGAGCGGUGGUUGCCGCGCAAGAAGGUCAUCGCGCGUGUAGUGAACUUCGAGAAGAGGCUAAAUGGGCUGUUGGAGAUGAAACGUGCUGAGCCUGGAGAGGAUAUUAUCACGAAGCUUGCGACGCAUCCCGAGCUAUCGUCUACGGAGGUCAAGGAUAACAUGGCAACACUGUUCUUCGCAGGUCACGACACUUCAUCAAGUGCAAUGGCUUCUGUGGUAUAUUAUCUAGCUGUGAAUAAGGACGCUCAGAACAUCGCCCGCGCCGAAGCUCUUCGCGCCUUCGGCCGCGACUCUGAUCCUUCCCUAUCCUCCCUCGGUCCCCAGACCCUACCAUACAUCCACGCAUGCAUCAAAGAAGCACUCCGCCUGAACCCGCCGGCUUCAUUCGCCUCUCCACGCAUCUCGCACCAGAUUGCCACAGUCUGGGACGAACCUCACAUUUUCACACCCGAGCGGUUCAUGGGAGACUCCGAAGUGUACCAGCAGAAUGUGAAGGACAUCGAUCCGUGUAUGCCGUUCUUGGUAGGGCCCAGACAUUGCCCCGCCCGCGACUUUGCGCUGUACGAGCUGCGAACUGUGCUCGUUAUGCUUCUGAGGGAGUAUGACUGGUCGUUGCCUGCAGGGUCUAUACACUCGAAGGAGAUCCAGAACGCACUGUCCCCCUUUAACACGUCAAUGCCGCGCCAGCUUGAUAUCACAUUUACCCGUCACGCCUGAAGAGCUGAAGUGUAUGUCGUACAUUCACUAUGAUGGCCACUGAACAUUGAAUCUCUGUUCAAG